AUGAAUGACAAUACUAGCCACCAAGCCAACAACAACCAGUCUCUCCCUUUCCCCUCCUCUCUCUCACGCAAGAGGCAGGGAAUGAAACUGCCCCUUCAGCUGAAGCUCAUUCCGACUCCCCCCGGCAGAUAUUCAGGACCGACUCCCCUCAGAAAGACGAUGGCCCCCCAAAGGACGAUGGCCCAAAUUCUCGAAGAUCUUGAAGAGCAGGACGAGCUAUCUUGGGAGGAAAAGGAGCUUGCCGAGCUCACAGCUCGAAACACUGAGCUGAACAAGCACAUUAAAUGCUUCGCCUCCGUCGACUGGGGAGAGGAGGUUCACAGCGCACCUAAGUUCAAGUUCAAAGUGGUACAUCAGCUUCCCCCUGGGGCGGUUUCGUUUCCGCUUCCCCCUGGAGUGACGGUGGAAGAAGCUCUACAGGCCCUGGAAGACCAGAUCCGGCGAUAUAGGGAUGCAAAGGAGCUCGCUGAGCUCACGGCUAGAAACACAGAGUUCAACAAGAACAUCAAAUGUGUCGCCGUUCCUGCCGAGUUCAGCGCCCGUGAUAAUGGUUCUGCUCUGCCUGGCCACGCCGCUUCGGCAUCCGUCCUCAAGCGACAGGUUCAGAUGAGGGAGGAGUACGAUUAUAUCAUCGUUGGUGGUGGCACGGUCGGGUUGACCAUCGCUGAUCGUCUCACCGAGGACAAAGAUACUACCGUUCUUGUCAUCGAGUAUGGCUACCUCGACUCCUCCAACGCCAUCACAGCAAUGGGCCCCGACUCAAACAUUCUCUCCGACCACGAAAUGCCCCGCGCAACCCGUUACUACAACAUUACCAGCCCACCUAUGCCCGGCCUAAACAACAGAACCAAGGACGUCGCUGCCGGGUGCGUCGUUGGCGGUAGCUCUGCCGUCAACGGCAUGAUCUUUGACCGCGGUUCUGCCGAGGACUACGACGCCUGGGUCUGGGCGGCCGGCGAGUGGCAGGAUGAAUACGCAAAGGAAUGGGGAUGGGAUAAUUUGUUGCCCUACUUCAAGAGGAGCGUGACUUUCCACCCACCUGAUGAGCGUAUGCAGGAGGAAUACGGGAUGACGUCCGAUGAGGAGGCUGCGUAUGGUGGAUCUACUCCUAUUCACUCGAGCUAUGCGCCGUUUCAAUGGCCUGCGCAAAAGCUCAUGUGGGAUGCGUUCAAGUCCGUAGAGGGCAUAGACUUCCCGGUCGAACAUGCCGACGGACACGCGGUUGGUGUAUUCUGGUUCCCCAACUCAAUUGACCCGUCCACGCGUACCCGGUCUUAUGCCCGGCUCGGCCACUACUCUAACGAGAACGGACCUUAUACACGGCCCAACUUCCAUCUCCUGCCGGGCCAUCGUGUGACGCAGCUAAUUCUGGAUGAGGUUGAUGAGGAGGACAGCCCCGAGGCCUGGGAAGCUACAGGUGUCAAGUUCACUCCUCGCGAUGGAGAUAUGCCUGCUGAAGCUUACCAAGUGAGGGCUAAGAAGGAAGUUAUCGUCUCGGCCGGGACUCUCCACACACCCCAGGUCUUGCAGCGAUCUGGCAUUGGCCCGAGGGAUGUGCUCGAGGCUGCUGGUGUCGAGGUGAAGUAUCACCUUCCUGGCGUAGGCUGGAACUUCCACGAUCACCAAAUGUACUCCGUCAGCUGGAACUGGGGCGUCGACGUCGGACCUGACUCGUCCACCCUUGCCCGAGAUCCCGAGUAUGCGGCCCUUGCGAGCGAACUGUGGGAGGCCAACAAAACCGGCCCUCACUCCGCCUACCCCAACAGCGGUGCCUUCCUCCCACUCAGCGUCCUGACCGAAGAAUUCACCACCAUAGUAAACCAAGUCCUCGCCCAAGACCCAACCGACUACCUCCCCGACCACAUCGACGAUACCCUCAUCGCCGGCUACAAGCAACAACUCCAAGUCCUCGCCCGCCAACUCAACGGCACAUCCUCCGCGGUCCUCGAGCUCCUCUUUACAGGCGCAUCCUCCUUCAGCCCCAUCAACCUCCGCGUCUUCAGCCGCGGCUACGUCUACAUCUCGCCCGACGAUGACGGCGCCACCGGAAAGGGUGACGUCGAGCCUAUUGUCGACUACCGCGCGCUUACGAACCCCGUGGACGUCGCGCUCAACAGGGUCCUUUUGAAGUUUAUGAGGAGAUUCUUUUCUGGCGAGGCUAUGGUUGAGGCGUUGGAUCCUACGGAGAGGAGCCCGACUAUGGAUGCUGAUUCGGAUGAGUUCGAGGAUUGGUUGAGGAAGACGUUGAAUCCUAGUGUUGCUCACCCGAGCGGUACUUGUGCUCUGGGUCCUGUGGAGUUGGGUGGUGUCGUUGGUCCGGAUUUGCGUGUGCAUGGUGCGAGGAAAUUGAGGGUUGCUGAUUGCUCGAUCAUGACACUUGUGCCGGGAACCCACACUAGUUCUACAGCUUAUGCUAUUGGCGAAAAGGCUGCCGAUCUGAUCAGGGGCAGAAGGAUUGGGGAUGAAGCGUAA